AUGUACAUGAAAGCGGGAGAACGCCUGCUUUCCCCUUGUACUGUCCAUAUACCCGAUUAUUUUGUAAAGAUGAAUGAAGAAAUGUUGAAUAUGAAUCGUCCCGAGCAUUUGCCUGGGGACAUGAAAGAUCGUAUUUUGUAUUGCGAUGAUCACAUAAUUGUUACUGACCUCGAUUCCGCUCGUUCCGUUAUUUCUGCUCUAAAAUCCAUGUUUUCAACCUCCUUACUCUAUCCAGUUCACCGACUUGACAAGGAUACAACAGGGGUGUUACUCGUUGCUCGAGACAGGGAAACUGCCCGGGCUCUGGGUCACGAAUUUGCUUGCCAUGAAGUAUCGAAGAUGUACCUCGCUGCUGGCUACGAUGUUUCCUUCAGUUCAUCGCAUUUUCCAAGAGUUGGUAUUGUUUAUUCGGAUUUUGAGCAAAAUGCUGGCCAUUUUUAUCACGCUAUCAAUUCCAAAGUGAAGCCUCUUCCUACAAACAUAUUUCCAGCUCACAUUGAAACGAGUGUAGCGACUCCAGCUGCGACUGGUUACGAAGUGGUCAAACAGAAAGAUGAGAUUGUGUUGCUGCGCUGUCGUCUUUACUCAGGGAAAACUCACCAAAUCCGAGUUCAUCUGAAAGAUGUCUUGGGCAUUGAGCUCUUAAACGACUCAAAAUAUGGAAAAAGGAGGAAAAUGAAUAGGAACCAGCUCAUUGAUCCGAAGGCUUUUUAUUUGCAUUGCCAUAAGAUUUCGAUCUUGUAUAAUGGCGCAAAGAAAACGGUUGGGCUGCUCGAUCAAUAG